UCGGGAGAGGGGAGCCCCGUGCCAGUCUCGUUCCGGUCCGCAUAGGGCUUGCGAGUCGUGGCGGAACCUGCGUCCGCCGCGGCGCCCUCUGCCGGGGCUGCCGCGCGACAGGGCGCUGAGGUGUUCACCUUUAGCACGACUGGCCGGCUGGAGGCCAGUGAGUUCCCGGGGCCGCGGCCUCUCCUCGUCGACUGUGUGGAUGCUCCCCCCGUGCCAGGUGACCGUGCGUCCGAGGGACCAAAGCUAAGUCAGACGAGAUGCGUGAGCCUGCCUCUUCGCGGCGUCCGCAGGAUUGCGGAGGGAGCUCCUCUGGCUCUGCUGAUGCUGCAGGGCGCGCAGGGGCAAGUGGUGUUGAGCUGGCUCCCAGUCAGGACGGCUGACCGGUCACGUGGUGCAGGCAACUUUGGAUCCACUGGGUCGCCUCAAGUUCACUGGACCACCAUCCUGACCAAAGACCGUCCCAAGAUUCUGUGUACCCUGUUCAUCUCUGCAACGCCAUCAGAGAUCCGCCUCCGUGGGCUUCUUGAUAGUAGGGCUGAUGUCAUGGUUCUCUCCCUUGCUGCCUGGCCCCCAGAGUGGCCCCUGAAUCCGGUGGAGACACCUGUUGCGGGACUGGGAGGGACAGCACAGUGCUAUGUGAGCCAGUGUCAGAACUCAGAAUGUCCCUCAGACAUUCUCGGAUGUUCCAGACCCAGGUCAGAAGCAUCUGAGACCCUGGCAUGCAGCCGGAAACCCCUGUGGCUUAGAAUCUGACCCUUGGAACAAUUUACCAACUUUGCAGGAAGAACAAGAAGUCACAAAAGUUUAGGUAUUGUAGUAGAAGUAGUCACGAAGUGAAAGGAAGGAUUUUUGAGUGGUGUACAGGGGGUUUUAAGCCUUGUACGCAG